AACUGUGGUCGUGAAUUUUGUGGAUAUAUAUUUUGCCAAUAGUGUUAUGUAAGUAGAUUAUUUUGGUAUUCUAAGUGAUUUUAAAUAACGUGAGCUUUAUGUAAUUAUAAAUAAUAGUUUUAUCUAUAUUUCGUUUUAUAUAUUUUUAAUUUUUAGAUUUAUUUGGGAAAAUAUGUAGCUGUUUUCAAGCCUAUGCAAGUGUUUCGUUUUAACAGCGAAUGCAUUUACUUUAGUUUGAACAUUUUGAGUAGUAUUGUUUUGACUAUUUGUUUGGAAAUCAGGAAUUCUUUAUUAUUUUUGAUUAUUUGUUUCUAAUAACAUAUUGGAAUACAGAAUGCCUCGACAUUGCAGUGUAUUUGGCUGCAAAUCCAAUUACGACAAAAAUGAGAAUGUCACUACUUACUCUUUACCUAAAUCACCUAAAAGAAGAGCUCAGUGGUUAAGGAAAAUUCCGAGAGAUUUAAGCAAAUUAAAAAACCCCGUAAUUUGUAUAAAGCAUUUUGAUGAAUCACAGAUAAUAAGAAAGGACUGUGUAAUCUAUAAAAAUGAAUAUAAAGAAUAUGACAGAAAAAUCCCUGGUCUCAUUCAAGGCGCUGUGCCAUGUAUAUUUGAAAAUGCUCCCUCAUAUUUAAGUACAAAUAAAUCCAAACCUCGCAGACUUGUUGAUGUAGAAGAAGUAAAUUAUAAGAAAGCCGUUCAGGAAAGUUUACUUCAGCAGAAAGCUGAUUUAGAAAAAAAUGCAUUAAAAUGUCCUCAAGAUGUGGUCAAUUACUUUCGGGAAAACAUAUGUAAAUAUAAAAAUAAAUGGUUUUACUUAGAUGACGAUGAUGAUGAUAUAAUUCGCUUAUGUUUAUAUGCAGCUCAUGAAAAUUGUCCAAAAAUUUUGGGAUGCAUCAUUAUAAGUACUGACAUGAAUUUUGAAGUAUACAUUGAAAAUCGGAAAGAAAGUAAGAAGAAAUUUUCAAAAUCACCCGUUGUUGAUACAAUUUCAGUAUUACAUGAUUUAAUGAACAAUGUUGAAACUUCUGUUACUAAUACAACAUUUCCAUCUGUGUUAGAAUCAGCAAUUACAUUACUAAAUUCUGUUGAUUGUAAUUUAGAUAAUUCUGAACAUAUUUCUUUUAUAAUAGAGCAAUUAAAAUUGUUAAGAGUAUCAAAAAAUAAUAGGCGUUACAGUAAUAGAACUUUAAUUUUAGCUUCAACAUUAUUUGUGCAAUCUUCUUCGGCAUACAAUGCUUUACUAAACUGCGACUAUUUGUGCAUUCCAAGUACUCGAGUCUUACGCAAUAUUAUGAGUAGUUAUUCAUUGUCAAAAUUAAGUUUGGCUGGCAGCAUUAAUUAUUUAGAGAGGAAAAAAUGUUUUCUUAAUGAACAAGAACUUGUAGUAAAUGUUUUAUUAGAUGAAAUUUACAUUCAGCCUAUGUUCAACUUUAAAGGUGGUUCUAUUUAUGGAGGUUCUCAUGAUAAACCAGCACUUGCUGCCAAAACAGCUCAGGUUUUCAUGAUAACAUCAGUUUUUUCUUCAUAUAAGGAUGUAGUUAGUAUUGUUCCAGUUAAUGGAUUGCAAGCUAAUGAGCUACAAGAUAUGAUUCAGCAGAUUUUAAUAGCAUUAGAAAAUAUAGGAUUUAAAGUUGUUUGUUUGAUUUCUGAUAAUAAUGCUGUGAAUAAACGCGCAUUUGAACUAAUGACCCCUAAUAAAACUUUGCAGCCAUAUAUUAAGCACCCUUUAGAUGAUUCAAGGCUUCUCUUCUUUCUUUUUGACACAGUUCAUAUGUUAAAAUCAGUACGCAAUAAUUGGUGCAACAAAAAAUUAAUUACAUUUCCUGAUCUAGAAAAUAAUGAUAUUUUAAAGAAAGCUAACUUUAAGCAUUUGGAAAUCAUGUAUGAUAUAGAGAAAUCUUCCAUUGUUAAAUAUGGCCAUUUACUUACAAAUAAAGCUCUUUAUCCUUCAACAAUUCAGAAACAAAACGUGAAACUAACACUUCAAGUCUUAAAUGAAAAAAACAUAGCAGCAUUAAAAUGUAUAUCAAAGGAUCAUGCAGAUGUUUUUGUGAACUCAGAUGAAACUUGUGAUUUUAUUUCAGUAUUCACAACAUGGUGGAAAAUUGUAAACUGUAAAAGCAAUUUUGAAAGUAAGCUCUUUAAUGAUAAAUUUCGUGGUGCUAUUAACUCUCAGAAUGUUGAGCAGAUUAAUUUCUUAAAGAAACUAGUAUUGUGGCUUAAGAUAUGGAAACAGUCUGUUCCAAUAAAAGAAACUUUAUCACCACAAACAUUUCAGGCAUUGAUAAUAACUACAGAUGCAUUCAUUCAAUUGAUUCCAUAUUUGUUUCAAAAGUAUGAGGCUGAAUACAUAUUAUUAGGAAAAUUUCAAACUGAUGCUCUUGAAUCACGUUUUGGAAUGUAUCGGCAAAUGUCAGGUUCAAAUUAUUACAUAAAUUACCUACAAUUAUUAGAAAGUGAGAAGAAGCUUCGUUUUAAAAGCAAUAUUAUAAUUUCAUCAUCAAAUAUCAAUAUCCCUUUAACUUCUCUUUUACCAGAUUAUGAUAAGGAUUCUAUCUUUACCUUUGUGAAUAUUGAUGAUUAUUCAAAUUUACUAGUUAAUGAUUUUUCUACAGAAAAUGUUCCUUCUGAUAUUUUACCAGUGCUAGUUUAUAUUUCAGGUUAUGCUUCCAUGAAAGAAUUAAGGGUGGUAAAAUGCAGUAUUUGCCAGGACUGGUUGCAAAGUGUUCAUUCGGUAGAUAUAGCAGAUGAUAUUUUUGGUUUUCUUAAAGAAUUAGAUAGGGGGAAAUUAACUUUACCGUCUGAAGUUGCUUUACUAACAUCUUCAAUUGUACAUUUCUUAUUUGGUGGAAUUCUCGAAAGCAUGGAAGAUACAUUUCUUAUAUCAGGAAAGCAACUGGGUAUUUUAUAUAAGUUAUCUUGCAUACAGUUAGGUAGAAUUAAACUUUAA